AUGUUAGGGAUUAUUUUGAAAGGUAAUAUACAAACAGAAGCUAUCAUAGGCCAAAGAGUCAUGACUGAUAGUGAUUUCAAACCUAUUCAGGGUAGUAAUGCACUUUAUUCUUUAAAAAAGGAAAUUAUAAUACCGAAAUAUACCACAACAACCUAUAACUCUAUCUUUCAGCAGGUAAAGAAUGAAUUGAAACAAGUUGAAACUGAUAUAGUACAUAUCUUUAAUACUAUUUCAACUGAUAUACAUUGUGAAAUGAAACAAGAGGAAUUAUUAGAUUUGAAGUUAAAAAGUACAUUGAAGCAUUUAAAACAUUCAUAUAAAAGGAUAUCGAAAUUAAGGAUCAAAAGUUCAAAAUACCAUUUACAAAAUGAUACCUGUAUAUUUUCUAAGCAUUUAUACCAUAUGGAAAGUAGUAUUUCUAAAUUAGAAAAAGAGUUAAAAAACCUACAAGAAGUAUCUAACAGCAUUAUAAACAACAUCAUAAUCAUCAACGAUAAUUUCAUUAAACAAAACAAUAUGCCAAUGGUAACUUUAAAAAAUUAUACAGAAUCCCAAUACCCAAUACUAUUUAAAUUAAUCAAGCAAAAAAACCCUAAGAUAAUAACACAACAGACAAAAACUCAGUUUCAUAAUUAUAAUUAUAUGAAUUUUGAAUUAGGCAGUGAAGAGAAUUCUUUACAUGGUCAAACUGAAAGCGCCAAUGCUGAAAUAUCUUCUUCAAAUAAUCCAAAAGGAUAUGUAAAUCUACACAAGAAUAACACAACAAAUACUCCAAAGUUUGUUACUGAUAAAGGUAGUAUAUCUAAUCCUUAUUUUAAUGCAACAAACUCUAAACUUAUACCGCCUUUUUUAAAGAUAAGGCCACAUCCAUCGACCUAUACAACGUUGCAAAAUAUACAUGGCGAUUAUAGCGAUAAGAGUAACAAAUAUUGUGAAAAUUCAUCUGAUAUUUGA